AGGUCUACCUGUGGGAGGCGCUCGGUAGCGGCAGCCGUUUGAGGAGGCUGAGGACCGCCUGUUUGGUUUAGGUUUCACACUCAUUCAAACUGUCCACGGGGCUCAUCUGCUCAUCCUGAGUUCGUUAUCAGUGUUUCAGGUGUGGAGUUCAAGAAUGCAUGAUUGCGGUGCAGUGCUGAGAAUGUGUGCUUGCUGAAUAUCCCACCUGCGUGCGUGGACUUGUUUUUUGCCUCUUGGCUGGGUUGUGUCCCAUUUUUUUUGCAUUCAUUCUCCUGUAACAAAGCACCCACCAUGUCACAGCCACUUGAAGAAGAGCCUGUUACUGUGGUACCAGCAGAACCAGCAUCAACUACUGAACCAGCAUCUACCACAGCUCCUAGAACUUCAUUCUGGAGGGAAAGGAGAAAAAUCCCAGAGAAGACAGAUGAGUUCCUGCUGGCCAGGUUUCAGGGUGAUGGAGUGAGAUAUAAAGCCAAGCUGAUUGGUGUGGAUGAUGUCCCAGAAGCCAGAGGGGAUAAAAUGUGUCAGGAUUCCAUGAUGAAACUGAAGGGCAUGGCGAUAGCUGCUCGUUCUCAAGGCAAGCACAAACAAAGAAUAUGGGUGAACAUCUCUCUAACAGGAAUCAAAAUUGUUGAUGAGAAAACUGGGGUGAUUGAGCAUGAACAUGUGGUGAAUAAGAUCUCAUUCAUUGCUCGCGAUGUCACUGAUAACCGGGCAUUUGGAUAUGUUUGUGGAGCUGAGGGGCAGCACCAGUUUUUUGCUGUUAAGACAGCUCAGCAGGCUGAGUCUCUGGUCAUGGAUUUGAAGGAUCUGUUUCAGCUGAUAUUAAAUAUGAAGAAAAAAGAGCAGGAGGCUGCACAGAAGGUUGAAGGAAAUGGCAGCGUGAUUGAGAAUGGUGGUGAUGCUUUACUCACCUUGGGUGGUCAAGAAAAUGCUGUAAAAACUGUAGAGCAGAUGGACCUGUUUGGUGAUAUGUCCACUCCACCUGACAUUCACUCUCCGACGUCACCUGGAAAUCAUAUGUUUGGAGCUGAACUAUUUGCUCCACCAGCCCAGAAUGAGUCUCAGCCCUCAUCCAUUCCAUCAGAUCUAUUCGACACCACACCAUCCUCCACCGUCAAUGCCCUGGGGUCAUUGUCUCUGGGCUCUACUUCUGUCACUCAAACUCCUGGGACAGCACUAUGGGGUCAGACUCCCACAAUGUUUCCUCCUCAGGGUGGUGUUCCUCAAGUAAUAGUUCCAGGACAACCAAACUCUUUUCCUCAACCACCUGCAUUUGGAGGCCUGCCUGCACCUGCAUGGGGGCAGCAAGGGGGUUCCCCUUUUGGUCCACCAGCUGUCACUCAAGCCUGGGGUCAACCAGGAAUUGCAGCACCUUGUGGUGCCUGGUCCACCUCUUGUCCUGUGCCAAGCCCUUUUGCAAACCAAUUUGCUCCCAUGAUGCCUCCUAAUGCAAUGAUAGGUAUGCAGCAGAGUGCAGUGGUUCCUCCUCGACCUCCACCCCGUCCUCCAGUGAAGGAAGAUCCCCCACUGGUCAAAAGCGCCUUUACAGCUUUGGACCCCCUUGGGGAGAAAGAGAAGAAAACCGGAAAAGAUAUGUUCAAAAAUUUCCAGAUGGCUAAGCCCCAGAAAGCAGAAGAAGGAACUGGUCCGAGCUCCAAUGGCUCAUUUGACCAGUACUUUACCAGCAAGGUUGGCUUGGCUCAGGAGGUGGCAGAUCAUGAUGAUUUCGACAUAAACCAAAUCUCAGUUAACUCAAAUGGGACCUCCAAACUUGCUCCUCAGCAGUCUCCUCCUACUCGGGGAGCACCUCAGGGAGCAGGUCUGACUCCGACCCUGGCCCAAUCCACAGGCCUUUUGGAUGCUGCCUUCAAUCCUAAUCCAGCCCCUGCACCCUCAAACCCAACUCCCACAGCAGGCUCAAACCUUUUUGAUGACACUUUUGGAUCUAUCCCAUUUGGAGCACCUCCCAUGAAUACAAGCACUCCAGCCACUCAGACUGCUGCCCUUGCGGAUGCUUUUGGAGACCCUUUUGGGGGAAAUCCUUUUGCCUGAGACUGUUGAACACUCCCACUGUUCCAGUGCUACUGAGCCAGAGGACCACACAAGCACUGUAGAGUUACGAUCCUCAUUCUACUACUGGGAAAAGAAAUGUGCUCGUAAAACCCUUUUUGUUGUAUUCUGUGCUGCACUGUUCUCAUUCCCACUAUAUAUCUGCUGUAGCUUCUCUGUAUGUGCCUUUCUAAAUGAUCACAGAUCAGUCCUUCUUCUCCAGCCCAUUCAAAUGAACCCAUUUCAAUCCCAAGUCAUGAAACUCAUGAAAUAAGAUGCACAGUUAAAGUAUGGUUCUUGUAGAGAAUUGAAUAGAGAAGGAGAGGGAAUAAAAGACACUGAUCAUUUUUGCGCACAUGAUUUUUCUGUAUUCAAGUAUCCUGAGCAUUAAUGACGAAGUAAAAGUGAUUAAUCCUAAUGAUUUGUCAUUAAAGAAUUUGAAUAAA